CAGAUAUGUGUUUCCUACAUUUUGCAUGUUAGUGAAUAAGAUUUUGGGGUCCAUGACAAACACACGCACACAACAAUAAGAUAUACGUUUACCUAGGAGGCUAACAACUUCAUUACCAUACAGGAUUUACUGCAGUACAUGGAAUGAAUAGAAUGAGAUAAUACUCUUCAAUUAUGACCACAAAGACAGGGGUGAUCUGUACCCAUCACUCACAUUCAGAUGUUCACAGCUUGGUGAUCCAGGGCAGAAAUGAAAGUAUAGAAGAAGUGGAAGAUGGUGAAAGCAGCAAAUUUGAUGGUAAAAGGAAAAAAGAAAAUGAUGCCGCGGGCAAAGAAAAUAAGGACAACCAUAAGAGAAAUAAAGAUAAACCUGAGAAGAAAAAUAAGGAAGAGGAGGAGAAGGAAGAAGUAUUUGUUAUUGAUCCCUCAGGAAACUUGUAUUACAAGUGGCUAUUCUGCAUCACACUACCUGUCAUGUACAACUGGAUAAUGAUCAUUGCUAGAGCCUGUUUUGAUGAGCUUCAGGGUAACAAUUUAGAAAUGUGGUUGAUUUUUGACUACAUAUCAGAUAUUAUUUAUGUUGCUGACAUGUUUCUACGAACAAGGACAGGUUACCUGGAACACGGUUUGAUGGUGAAAGAAGAAAUUAAACUUAAGAAAAAAUAUAAGGGAAUGGUACAAUUUAAAUUAGAUGUAUUGUCCAUUGUACCAACUGAUCUACUUUACUUCAAGUUAGGGCUGAACUAUCCAGAAAUAAGAAUGAACAGAUUACUGAGAAUAUCACGUAUGUUUGAAUUCUUCCAACAAACAGAAACAAGAACAAGCUACCCAAAUAUAUUCAGAAUCUCUAAUCUUGUCAUGUAUAUUAUAAUUAUUAUCCACUGGAAUGCAUGCAUGUACUUUUCAAUCUCCAAAGCCAUUGGCUUUGGCACAGACACAUGGGUCUAUCCCAACAUUACCCAUCCUGAAUUUGGCCGGCUUGCUAGAAAGUAUGUAUAUAGCUUAUACUGGUCAACACUGACCUUGACAACUAUCGGUGAAACACCUCCUCCUGUGAAAGAUGCUGAGUAUUUCUUUGUCAUUGUUGACUUCUUAGUUGGUGUAUUAAUUUUUGCUACCAUUGUUGGUAAUAUUGGUGCUAUGAUCUCUAACAUGAAUGCUGCAAGGGAAGAAUUUCAAGCAAGAAUUGAUGCUAUUAAACAGUACAUGCAAUUUCGGAAUGUGAGCAAAGACUUAGAAAAAAGAGUUAUUAAGUGGUUUGAUUAUUUGUGGACAAAUAAGAAGGCAGUGGAUGAAAUAAAAGUAUUGAAGUAUCUCCCAGAUAAAUUACAAGCAGAAAUUGCCAUCAAUGUUCAUCUGGAAACAUUAAUGAAAGUCCAGAUUUUUGCAGAUUGUGAAGCUGGUUUACUGGUUGAGCUAGUCUUAAAACUACAGCCUCAGGUGUACAGUCCUGGAGAUUAUGUCUGCCGAAAAGGUGACAUUGGGAAAGAAAUGUACAUUAUCAAAGAAGGGAAACUUGCAGUAGUAGCUGAUGAUGGAGUUACUCAGUAUGUGGUCCUAAGUGAUGGCAGUUACUUUGGGGAGGUUAGCAUUCUUAACAUUAAAGGUAGCAAAGCUGGAAAUCGGAGGACAGCUAACAUUAGAAGCAUUGGCUAUUCAGACUUGUUUUGUCUAUAUAAAGAUGACCUAAUGGAGGCUUUAACAGAAUAUCCAGAUGCAAAGGCCAUUCUGGAAGAGAAGGGAAGGCAAAUCCUUAUGAAAGAUGGAUUGCUGGAUUUAGAUGUUGCAAAUGCAGGAACAGAUCCUAAAGAUAUUGAGGGAAAGGUCAACCAAAUAGAAGUAAUGCUAGAUAGUUUACAAACAAGGUUUGCUAGACUUUUGGCUGAAUAUGUUGCUGCACAGCAGAAACUGAAAACAAGGCUAACAGAAGUUGAAAGCAUUGUCAAACCUCUUGUGGAUUUUGAUUUCUCAAAUUUAGAAGAAACUGAAAUAGUUUCUGGUUACUAA